AAUCACUACCAGCGGUUGAACAUAGAGAAGAAGAAGAGUAAGCAAAUGGCUUCUCCAUGGUUAAUAAUAUUCUCUCUUUCAUUACUUUGCCUCAAUGGGAGGUAUCAGUUUCAAGAACUCGAAUUUGAAUGUGUUGAUAUCUACAAACAACCUUCACUACAACAUCCUCGACUCAAAAAUCAUCGAAUCCAAAUGAGACCAAGCGACGAAGUCUUAGCCAUGCUAUCCAAAGACGCAUCAUCAGAAAACUUAUCUAACGAUGAAGCGGUCGCAGAAUUUGAUGUACCAAAGGAAGGGUGUCCUGUAGGACAAGUACCAAUCCAUAAGCCAAGAAAAUUCAAUUCCACCGAUAAAAGUUUUCACGCUAAUGGCUAUGGAACUAUUGGUCAACAUGCAGCGUUGAUUCAGAAAACAGACGCCACCCCAUGGCGUGGAGCAUCAGCAUGGGUUGGUGUGUAUCAGCCUAAAGUGACUAAGGACCAAUUCAGCAUGACCUUGAUUUGGCUCAGCAGCGAGUAUAAUGGCGAACGCAACACGAUCCAAAUUGGUUGGGGGGUGGUUCCACAAUUAUAUGGCGAUCAUCGUACAAGACUUACUACGUAUUGGAGUCCAGAUAACGAUGACCACGGAUGCUACAAUACGGAUUGUAAGGGUUUCGUUCAAAUCGACUCAAGACACUUUCCUGGUUCCCCUUUUGUGAACAUCUCUAAGGUGGGAGGCCGACAAUAUAACGCCUUCUUUUCAGUCAAACAGGACCCGAAAACGCAGAAUUGGUUGCUGACGAGCGGGAAACACUACAUAGGGUACUGGCCAGGGGAACUUCUACCGUAUUUGGGCGAUGGUGCGGAGAAAGUUCGGUACGGUGGAUUCACGAGUGCAGAGUCCGAAAACUUGCAACCGGAAGAUAUAGUUAGCCCGCCUAUGGGGAACGGGAAUAAACCAUUAGAGGAGGAAGUGGAUCUAAAGCAUACUUGUUACAUGCAUUUUGUUAAGCAUGUGACACGAGAUUAUCAAAAUGUCGACAUUGAUUCUAACAAAGUCGCCGAGGAUGCGGACGCCGGUAAAUGUUAUGAUGUGAGUUAUCUUGAAAAUUUUGGGUCUCAUCGGCAAACUUUUACCUUCGGUGGACCAGGUGGUUUUUGUGAUGACUGAUCUUUGUUUCGGGGACAAUUUGAUCUUAUUUCAUUUGAUCUCUAUUAUUUAAUAAAUUAAUAUUUUGAAUUACUAAUU